ACGCAUAUACAACACGGCUUGAAAGUUGACAGAGAGCAAACAAGAACCCUAAUUCAAUUCGCUCCGAUCCAAGAAUUCACUAAAUCCCCCAAUCGGCGCUAUUAUCCAAGAUUCGCAGAUCAAGCUACCUAGGAAGGAAGAAGACAGAACACGACACCAUUGGAGAUGAUUGUGAGCCAGAAGAUGGUGGCCGAGGCCGAGGUUAUGUGCCAACCGAGCCUCCCCAUGCUGGACGUGAAGUACCAUCUGCGCGUGGCGACCAACCAAGAACACGCUCUUCCGAUCGACGUGGUGGCCUCCCCUUCCUCCUCGUCUUCGACAUCCGCCGAUAUUUCUCGCUUCGAAUCCGUUGUGAGUUGCUCGGACACCAUUAAAGAUGCUGUUAUAGAAUCUUCUGCUGCAAAGUUUGUUCCAAAUAUUCGUUCUGGUAGCUAUGCUGACAUUGGAACAAGGGAAUCCAUGGAGGAUGAACACAUUCGAAUUGAUGACCUAUCUGCCCACAUGAGUUCCUUUUUCGGGUGUUUUAUACCAAGGGCAUUUUAUGCAGUUUUUGAUGGUCAUGGAGGGCCUGAUGCAGCUUCAUAUAUGAAGAAAAAUGCGAUGAGAUUAUUUCUUGAAGAUGCUGAUUUGCCACAAACAUCUGAUAUUGAUGCCAUCUUUUUAGAAGAGUUGGAGAAUUCUCAUCGAAAAGCUUUUUUGUUGGCAGACAUUGCCUUGGCCAAUGAAUGCAGUGUUAGCAGUUCUUGUGGGACAACUGCACUGACUGCGCUAAUACUUGGAAGGCAUUUACUGGUUGCAAAUGCCGGUGACUGUCGAGCAGUACUCUGCAGGAAAGGAGUAGCAGUUGACAUGUCUCAGGAUCAUAGGCCUUCAUAUUUACCAGAACGGCGGCGAGUUGAGGAGUUAGGUGGAUACAUCAAUGAUGAAUAUCUCAAUGAUCUCAGUGUCACCCGAGCCCUUGGAGACUGGAACUUGAAAUUCCCACCUGGUUCUGCAUCGCCGCUCAUUGCUGAACCAGAUGUUCAACAGGUUGUAUUAACAGAGGAUGAUGAAUUCUUGAUUAUUGGUUGUGAUGGGAUCUGGGAUGCGAUGUCUAGCCAGUAUGCAGUCAGUCUUGUCCGCCGAGGAUUGAGGAAGCAUGAUGACCCACAGCAGUGUGCCAUGGAACUAGUUAUGGAAGCAUUACGAUUGAAUGCAUCCGAUAAUCUCACUGUGAUUGUUAUCUGCUUUUCCUCCCCUAGUCGUGUACGUCUUGAGUCAAGUUCUCCUCAACGAAGGUGGAGGUCAUGCAGUCUUUCUGAGGAGGCUCGACGUACAUUGAAGAGCUUGCUAGAAGGGAAUUGAAUGUAAAGAAGUCGUUCUAUUUACUGAUUUUCUAUAUUGGCUGUUGAGGAGAGUUUAGGAAAAUCAGCCAGCAAUUUUGUAGGGGCUGGCUAGAAGUGAUUAUAGGUUAUGUCAAAACCUUCCAAUUGGAAGGGGUGCUCGUCGGCUAUGGCCACCAUAUUUGAUCUCUUUUUGCAUUCACUAUUGCCCUAAUAUUUAUGAAAUUGUGAAGAAGUGCUACAAUUGGAUUCAUAUUUGGCAUAAUUGUUGAGAUUGUGGAAAAAGUGUGGUUGAUUUUAUUA